UCGAUCCCCAAAGUCCGCCAGGAUCCGAACUUGGUGGAUUCGCCUGCAUUUGUAACGGGUGGAUGGCGUUUGCACAGAAGCAGGCGUUGCUUGGGCGCACCGCUUUUUGGGGCGCCGAUGAACGAAGAUCCACGGCACACCGGAAAUGGACCCGGCCAGCGACACCGUCGUCAACCCCAAUAAACCCCUUUCAGGGCAACUUACAAGAAUCGUGGGGGCGGUCGCGUGGAACGAAUGAGAGAGAAGCAGAACGCGACACGCAAACCGUGUGCCCCGAUGUCCACGUCAUCCGUUCCCGCCGUCCCAGCCACUUGCGUCACGUGGCACGACAUGAUGAUAAUGAUGACGACGAUGAUGAACACGGUGAUGGUGACGAUUACGGUGGUGAUGUUAAUCUGGGCGACGAUGCCGCUGACGAUGAUGAUGAUGUUGAUGACGAUGAUGAUGUCGAUGAUGAUGUUCGUGAUGAUGAUGAUUGUGAUGACGACGAUGAUGACGAUGACGAUGAUGACGACGAUGAUGACGAUGUUGAUGAUGGCGAUGACAACGAAGAGGACGAUGGUGGUGAUUUUGAUGACGGCGACGAUGUCGCUGAUGAUGAUGAUGUUGUUGAUGAUGUUGAUGAUGUUGAUGAUGAUGUUGUUGAUGAUGAUGAUGAUGUUGAUGAAGAUGAUGAUGAUCACGAUAACAAUGAUGGUGAUGAUGAUGAUGAUGAUGAUGAUGGUGGUGGCGACGAUGAUGGUGAUGAUGGGGGCGAUGAUGAUGAUGAUGAUGGCAAGCAAGAAUCACGGGGCCGCUCGCGAGGAAAAAACGAGCGGGAAUCAGAAGGGGACACAGGAACCAUGUGGCCCAAUGUCACCGACAUCGUUUCCCUCCGUCCCCGCAAUUUGAAACAGGUGGCGCGACGCGGCCGCUCCCAUGGGCCGGCAAACAUGCCUGACACGAGGGCAGGCAGAACAACACUUUACCUUGAAGAGGGCACAACGCACACAAUGGAGCUGCUCUUUGAUGGCUCACAGUUCUUCGAGGAGGCGCAGUUCUUCGAUGACGGCAAAGCGCACACGAUGGCGCAACUGUUCGACAAGGGCUCAGCGCAAACGGCGGCCAUGAGUGUCGAGACGCACAUUCGCUCAGCAGAACCUUUUCGUUCUUAUGCGAAAUCCGUGCGGCAUUUCAACGGUGUAACAACGAUCCACGGAGUGACCGCAGAGGACUUCGACGAGGACCCAUGGAUGACCGUCGUCCCGUGCAUGGACGCACAUCUUGACGAUUGGGGCGAAGGCAAUUGGGACAAUAUGGAGACUCACUGCCCUUGGGCAAGCGAGUACAAGUUCGCGAAUAUGUUGGAGUUCGGGGACCUCAUCCCACUGCCUGACGCCGUCCUCGGACAUAAGUUCUUGAACCAUAUGCGGAAAGCACUAAGCUACAUUAGCCGCUAUUUCAGUCGCCUGGAGUGCCACAACGGCAGGUCGUCGCCACGAACUUGGGGUGGCUCGCGGAAACAAGAGUUGGUCGCUGCUCUUUCCUGGACCAACAAUAUGUCUUCGUCCAGGGGCGAAGGGGAGCCUGCAGCGACCUCCGGGAUGGGAUCUGGGAAAGAUUCUACAAAACAGUCGUUUACGACCUCGAGGACGUGGUCCGACCACGCUAGGUCGAAAUGGUUCGUCGGCUGGUGCUGUGCUGAUGCUACGAACCCAGUCCAACAACCGUGUGGUCAUGUGAUCUUCGUCGAAGCCAACAAGCGCCGCAAGGUUCUGGGGGUUGUCUUGCGGUCGGAGAAUGCGAAAGGCAGUUAUCGACGGUUUUACAUGAAAAAUGUGUACGGUUCGAAGGGGAACGUCGUCGCCGGUGCCAAGGGGGCAGUUCUCGACAUGUGUCUGUUCGAGGGGUUCGGAGCGGGUGCUGCGAACACCCCGUUCUACAACRACCUCYGGCRGYWRGGCGGGUUUGUUUUGGGUCGAGAGUUCUUCGACCUGUUGGAGGACAAGGGCAUCGCCCUCGACGUCCCUUGCGAAGUCGGUCCCGACCUGGAACUGUCAAUGCCUUUGCAGUCGUGCACACAUGUGCAGCGGGAGGAUGCCAGAGGUCAGUUUGACGACAGUGAAGAUGAGGCGACACCAUGUCUGCCGUUUUCGCCGUCGAGGGAAAGAGACAGGUCCGUGAUGUCCAUACCUGGGGUCCGGCAACAGACCGCAGCGGAUCCCGGAGAAGAGGGAGUCCUGUGUGGGUCUGACUUGGAGCCAGCACAGGGCCAUGGCGCAAAAGGCGAGGCCGUGGGCGGGGAGGAAGCGCAGGGCACUCCCCAAAAAAGGAGGGGAAAAUGUCAAGAAGAGUUGGUGGGCUCUUCGAAGAAACAGAAGACCAAGACCCCGAGGACUACGGGAGAGAAACGGAAGGGGAGGGGGAUGGAAGAGGGUCACCCGGGUAUCAAACGUCCAGCUUCGAAACAUAAACAACCUGAGUCAGGACCUUCUUCACCACGGUCUGCCAUCGACGUGGACGCCAGGUACUUCCUGGAGUACAAAGACGGCGUCAGGACAAGGCGAGAGUUUGAGAUCAGCCCGGCUCAGAUCGUUGACAUAAGGGAGUGGGAGGAUCUUUACAACCAGCGGUCGCUAGAUCCCGUCCUCGUGGAAACGAUAAGGGAAGCAAUACGCAAGAAACACGUUUCCGACUCGGCGCUGUUCAAGGACUGCCCACCGUACAUGGGUUGCGACCAGGACAACUCGAUUGAGGUGACGGAGAAGUUGGCGGGCCACAAGAAGUUGUCCAUCGACUGGAGAAACAAGGUUCUCUCCGUGUUAAACGGAAGCAGACUGAAGAGCCGGGAAGUCGCACUUGCCGAAGGCGUCGUUCACAUUAAAUGGAAAGACACGGGGGACGUGACAUCCAUCGCGCCAUUCGCCAACGACCCUUUAGAGGCGGACAUCAGGGGCGCAGAGCUGAAGGAGGCAGUGGCUGCCACAAAGAGCCACACGUUCAUCCUCGAUCUGUGCGAACCGGUUCACCUCAAACUGUGGAAGCCCCAAGCGUGGGAGACUUUGAAUUCCUAUGUUCAAACGUGGUGUCCCUCGCAUUGGACUCUCGUUGUUUUCGUGCUGCGGCAGCAUAACCUGUCGUUUCUCGCCAGCAUGCAUCAUCUUUCUUUCGUCAAGCUGUUGGAAGGGAAGUGGGUGCGGAGAGUGAAGCAAAAAAAAAGCUUUCCCGUUGGGAACAAUUUGUACACGGAGGAAGACCGCAUGUACAUCCUCUUCAAGGGUGACGAUCUGCGCGUCAACACAUCCGUGGUCUACGAGGGAAACCUGCCCACGGGUGCCACUGCUGCGGUGCGAUUGCCUCAGAGGGUCACCCAGACGGAUGUGUUCGAGAUUCCUUUCACGCCUUGCGACUGGUCGCUGGUGGCGCCUGAACGACAGGGCAGCGUCUACGGGGAUAUGGAAUGCAAUCCGACCCAAUUCGUCGGUCUUCUUGAUUUUCUUAGCAAGAAGGGAGAGGGUGUCGUGUUCCUUGGGAAACCGCACGCGCGAAGCGUCUGGGAGCUUAUGAAGGCUGCAGUCGCUGUACUUGUGGAGUCCGAGGAGCAGUUGAAGUUAGACAGUUACGCUUCCCUGAUUUCCACUGAUGACGAGGAAGCCAUAGGUGUGGAGUUUGUCGCCAAUGCGAAGGAGGAGGAGAGCGAUACGGAGAGCAUCGACCUGAAGUACGACCCGCCUCCGGCGGACCACGGCCGAGGGUCCUCGUCGGCCGGUCCAUCACCAAGCGCUGCAGCCCUCGUGUCACCAUUGGCCAAACCGGCGCUGGGCACCACGCCGAUGAAGUUGCUAGAGAGACUUAGAGCUCUGGCCGCCCCCCCGCCCGCUUUGCGUCCCGGGUCCGUUGUCCCGCCCGAUCAUCCGUCUUGGAAGGAUGACAACAUCCACUUCCUGCUUGAACCGCAACUCGCUCGGCCGGAAAGCCGAACUACGUCGAGUGAGGAGCCGCCUGAGCGGUCCGGAAUACGAAGCUGCUCGAGGUCGGGGGAUCUGAGCACGGAUCGAGAAAUUCGCAGCAUUGCGGCGCGGGACGGAGACGUCGGAACGGUGUCGCCUGAGUGGGAGCGAUGGCCGCAAGGAUUACAGCGGGAGGCUGCAAGUGCAGGGUCCGGCGACACAGAGACCACGAAGUCCGCCGAGAUCCGAACUUCUUCGGGCGGGGUUUGUCGGCCAGGGAUUGUCGUGCCGUUGAGAGGGGCAGCGUGCGCGAGAACGGAAGGGCGGUCCUCACGAUUCGGCACGGGUACCGCGGAAGGGGACGAGUUUCGUGGGAGGGAAGUAGGGGAGGAAAUGGAGGAACAGAAGGGAGCGCAGGAAGGGGAGGAAGAAGGGAAAGAAGAGGUGGAAGGGGAGGAAGCGGGAGAAACAGAGCUAAUUGAUUUGUUUGAAGGAAGGGAGUGUGCCGGGUAUAGAGAAGACGAAGUGGAACACAGUGAGGACGAUGCCGGAUCUGGAGAGUCGUCUGAAGAGUUCGGACAACUGUACGGAGAGCAUUACGAGGAUGAUGUUGACGACGAUGCCACAACAAUAGAGAAUGAGACACAAGUGGCCAGCAGCCUUUCCGCAGAGCCUGAAGAUUAUGCGGUUCGGCCACUGAUGUUUGCUGUCGACUUGCAACACCGGUUCGACGAGGCUUCCGUUGCUAUCAGCCCGUCUGAAAAAAGUCGACGUAUAAGCAUCGACGAAGUUAUCGACGGUAUCCUCGGCGACCACAACGUGUCUGCCCGUCUGUCCGCAACUGCCAACGUUGCAUCUUCCGUGGCAGUUGCCCUCGCUUCGUCGCCGCCGAAGUCUCUGGUGCUGCAGGCCACCCUUGCCGCCGAAGGGGAAGGCGAGUGCGGUGGAGGACAGCAUGUGACAUCCCCAAAAAAAUCGAGGUUCGGCGGUCAGGCUCUCGACGUGCUCGCUUUGCCUGCGCCAAAUUCACCAUCGAAGGAGCAGAGAGAGAAACAGACUGGUAAGCCGUGAAGAACGCUUGUGCAUCCGGAUGUCGCCGGAUUACAGUCCGCGCUAUACACACG